CAUCGCCGGCUUCUCUCUCUCAGAUAUCGGAGGUUUAAGUUGAGUCGGAGACCAUGGCCACCGGUCAACUGUUUUCCCGGACCACUCAAGCCUUGUUCUACAACUACAAGCAGCUCCCUAUCCAGCGCAUGCUUGAUUUUGACUUCCUCUGCGGGAGGGAAACACCCUCGGUUGCCGGAAUCAUUAACCCCGGUGCUGAGGGAUUCCAGAAGCUCUUUUUCGGUCAGGAGGAAAUCGCCAUCCCAGUGCACUCGAGCAUUGAGGCAUCAUGCGCUGCACAUCCCACUGCCGAUGUGUUUAUCAACUUUGCUUCCUACAGAAGUGCUGCUGCAUCUUCGUUGACUGCUCUCAAGCAGCCAACCAUCAGAGUUGUGGCUAUUAUUGCUGAGGGUGUGCCUGAGUCAGACGCCAAGCAAUUGAUCGCAUAUGCACGGGCAAACAACAAGGUUGUCAUUGGCCCAGCUACCGUUGGAGGAAUUCAAGCUGGAGCUUUUAAGAUUGGUGACACUGCCGGAACUAUUGAUAACAUUAUUCAUUGCAAGCUAUACAGGCCUGGAUCUGUUGGUUUUGUCUCCAAAUCCGGUGGGAUGUCCAAUGAAAUGUACAAUACUGUAGCUCGUGUUACAGAUGGACUUUAUGAAGGUAUUGCUAUUGGAGGUGAUGUGUUCCCAGGUUCUACUCUCUCAGACCAUGUUCUGCGAUUUAACAAUAUCCCUCAGGUUAAAAUUAUUGUUGUACUUGGAGAACUUGGUGGGAGGGAUGAGUAUUCUCUUGUCGAGGCUUUGAAGCAGGGAAAAGUUAACAAACCAGUGGUUGCUUGGGUUAGUGGAACUUGUGCAACACUUUUUAAAUCCGAAGUACAAUUUGGACAUGCUGGCGCCAAAAGUGGUGGUGAGAUGGAGUCUGCACAAGCAAAGAACCAAGCCCUGAGGGAUGCUGGAGCUGUUGUUCCCACUUCGUAUGAAGCUUUAGAGAUUGCCAUCAAGGAGACCUUUGAGAAACUGGUUGAAGAGGGGAAAAUUGCACCAGUGAAGGAGUUUAAGCCUCCACAGAUACCCGAAGAUCUUAACAUCGCAAUUAAGAGUGGAAAAGUUAGGGCUCCAACUCAUAUUAUAUCCACAAUCUCUGAUGAUAGAGGUGAGGAACCAUGCUAUGCUGGUGUGCCUAUGUCUUCCAUUGUUGAGCAGGGUUAUGGUGUGGGUGAUGUUAUCUCUCUAUUGUGGUUCAAGCGCAGCCUUCCCAGUUACUGUACCAAAUUUAUUGAGAUAUGCGUCAUGUUGUGUGCUGACCAUGGUCCUUGCGUUUCUGGUGCUCACAACACAAUAGUAACUGCAAGGGCUGGCAAGGAUCUUGUUUCCAGUCUUGUCUCAGGUUUGCUCACAAUUGGUCCACGAUUUGGUGGUGCCGUUGAUGAUGCUGCUCGAUACUUCAAGGAUGCAUAUGACAAGAAUCUUACACCAUAUGAGUUUGUCGAAAGCAUGAAAAAGAGAGGCAUCCGUGUGCCAGGGAUUGGUCACAGGAUCAAGAGAGGGGACAACAGAGAUAAGAGGGUAGAGCUCCUACAACUUUUUGCACGCACACAUUUCCCUUCUGUCAAGUACAUGGAAUACGCCGUUGAAGUUGAGACUUACACACUCUCAAAGGCAAACAACCUGGUCCUGAAUGUUGAUGGUGCUAUUGGAACCUUGUUCUUGGAUCUCCUUGCUGGCAGUGGAAUGUUCAACAAGCAAGAGAUUGAUGAGAUUGUUGAGAUUGGCUAUCUGAAUGGGCUAUUUGUGUUGGCACGUUCCAUCGGUUUGAUUGGGCACACAUUUGACCAGAAGAGGUUGAAGCAGCCCCUAUACCGCCACCCAUGGGAGGAUGUUCUUUACACCAAGUGAAAAGACGUCUAAUAUAGCUUGUGCAAAGCUGUCCUUGCUCUCUAUGAGCAUAGGUGCCUUCUUCGAGUUUCUUGAGUCUGCAAUUUGCUGGAAUAUGAUUGUUCUUUACUUUAGAAUAGUGUUUGUACUGCUAAUGCACGAGUAUGUUCAUUUGUAAGCUGUGUAUCGAAAAGUUCAUAAAAAGAAACCCAUGAUCUCUGUCAAUUUCUUUGGUUCCA